AUGUCUCAGCUGUCGGCAUACCGAUUACUCAGUUUUGAUGUCUACGGCACCUUAGUCGACUGGGAAGAAGGUAUCUGUGCCGCCCUCCAAGUGACGCUAGAUCGCUACGGCGUCCAGUUUCCACGCGAUCAGUUGCUCCACCUUUUCCAUGACCUUGAACUGAAACAUGAGACCGAGUCCCCGGGCAUGCUCUACAGUGAAUUGCUGACCGCGGUGCAUCCGGAAUUGGUCGAAAAAUUGGGGUUGCCUUCACCCACCCCGGAAGAAAACAAGCGCUUUGGCGAAAGCGUGGCGCAUUGGCCGGUUUUCCCCGAUACGUUAGACGCAUUGAAGCGACUGUCCAAGCAUUACCAACUUGUAGUGGUGUCUAAUGUGGAUCGAAAUUCUUUCUCCAAAACCAACGCAGGGAGUCUGCAGGGCUUCCCAUUUGAUUUGGUGCUUACUGCGCAGGAGAUUGGCUCAUACAAACCCGAUUUACGCAACUUUCAGUACCUGUUGAACGCAGUGAAGGAGGAGCUGGGAGUCGAACCGAAUCAAGUCCUGCACACCGCGCAGAGCCAAUUUCACGACCACCAACCCGCGCAGAAGGUGGGACUUAAAUCGGUGUGGAUUUCACGUGCAGUGGCCAUCAUGGGCAACGUGGAUGAGCCCGUGUAUGACUGGCGAUUUGACACUCUUGGGGAAAUGGCGGAUGUAGUGGAUGUGGGUGAUGUCUAG